CGACGUGGGAGGAGAUCCAGGUGGUGGUCGAGAUUCCGCAAACAGACAUAGGCUACAUCAAAUAGGCCUACACCAAAACGUCUUUGAACUGGAGUUUGGCGCUGCAUAAAGUCGCUUGCCUAAAAAGCUGUUUUCAUGGAAAGGCUCCAAGAUCUGUUGUAGUAACCACAGCGGUGGCUCUUACUUGCGAUCUCUCGAGAAACGGGAAAAAAAGUUUGACAGAACGAACUCUUCGCUGCGUUUUGAUGUGCGCGCGUCCAGAUUGAUUAAAGAGAAAUUUGGAAAGAUGUUCAAGAAAAGCAAAAGCAAAGUGUUGGUGGACUAUGUGUCGGAGGAGGACGAAAUAUCCUGGCAUCAUCAACACACUUACAAGGAUAAGGACCCAGAGGGGGAGGACGAGGAAGAGGCAGUGAGCCCUGUAUCCAAGGAGGUGAAAGUGAAGAAAGUCAAGUCCAAGAAGGAGAGGAGGGAUAAGAAGAUGUUUUCUUCUCAGGAUGAUGAGCACUUCCUACUGACAGGGGUCACACUGGCCGACCGCAGAGGGUCCCACAAGAAGAACAAGGAGGAAGGGAAGGAGAAGAACAAGCCAAUCACAGAGAAGGGCCACUGCUUCUGGGACAGCGUCACCAUGACGAUGAGGCAGAUCACGCCCACCAGGAAACUGGACAAGCUGGAGGGCUGGGAGCCGCCGCAGUUGCCCGACCAAACCGAGACACCCACCGAGGAGGCAAUGGAGGAUCAGAGUGGGACCAGGGACUCGCCUGUGUCCUUCCCCCAGGCCCUGGGGCUCCCGCUGGGGCUGCCCUCCUGGACAGGUCUGGGUCUAGAGGAAGACUCGUCGCACUACGCCAACCUGUCAGAAUCACGGGAUUCCACGGCCGUCAGGUGGACAGCCCGCGCCAAAGGCAAGCUGGCCGGAAUCAGGAGGCGGAGCCGAGGGAGUGUUUCGGAGACAUGGGAGGGGUUUAAAUAAAAGCUUUACCCCUUACCUGCCAGCAAUCCCUGCCCCUCACCUCAUUCCUCAAAUUAAAAGGAGGGAAAAAGACAUGCCUGUCUGUCUCUGUGCUGCAUAAAGAACUGAUUUUGUAUUCCUCCAUUGACAUUCUGAGUGCAGUCCUGACUUUUCCGUACAGCAUGAUGAACACAGCCCAUAUAUCCCUGACUGUUCACUCCACAACAUAGCAGAUGAACUUACAAAGCAGACAAGGUCACUAAAAUCUAUUAUUAUUGACUUUGUGUUGAAACUGUGGUGUUUUAAUGCUGCAGGGACAUUGAGCCUGGGAACACAUUAUGCUAGGUUGAUCUUAGUGGACUGGUUUGGCAGUGUAGAGAAAAGGGUCACCAUCUUGAAAAGGAUGUCAUAGAUAAGAGGUUGGAAAGUAAAAAAGAAAACACAUGAAGGCCUUACGCUACCUUAAACUGUGCUAUCCACUGGCCUUUGACCAUUUUAUAUUAUCAAGCCAAGAGAAUGAUUUCCAAAGGAGAUUUUGUUUUGUAACAUAGGCAUUCAUGUUUUAUGCUAGAGUGUAGUUUGAGAACAAGACCAACUAUGCUACUGUAGGCCUUAUUUAAUGAUACGUUUUCCAUGUUGUUUGCCCUCCCUAGCCCUGCAGUAAAUGUCUACUGGGAGAGGAAUGUGCCAGAAGUCUUAGCUCCUAAUAAGCAUAGCUAAAAGGCUUAAAAUGCUUUGUCCAAUAAUGUGUAAUAAGCCUUCCAGGCUCUGAACCAUAAGUGCAAAUGUGCGUUAGCGAAUAUAGGCUGCUGAAUCUGGAGUAUUGUUAAUGAAUGAUAUGAUCUAAAUGUUGUUACAAGCCCAGCAGAUGGCGCUCCGUUGGAGUGUCAUGAAUACUGUACAUUCAAAUCUAAUGAUAAGAAACAUUUUCCAUGCAAUAAGAGGACUGAGCGCCAUUUUCUGCAUGCAGUCUGUGUGCUGUUUCCCCGAUUAGACAAAAAGCCGUGAUGUGCCUUUCUCUACAGUAUGUGUUGUGGCAUGCUUCUCUGCUCACCAUAUUGGAAUAGACUACUACUAGACCAAGCUCACCAUGAGGAUCAAAUAAUGUGAUGGGCAAUCCCAGCAUGCAUCACUGCUGCAUCCCUCCCUGGUUUUGACUAAAUGGUUUUCAGCUACGGACAGAUUUGACUUUUUGUAGCAGGCUAGGAGAACUCACACAGCAGGUUAGGAUAAUUAGGUUAAGGUUAGGAAAAGGGUUAGGGUUAGCUAAAAUGCAAAAACUCCCGGCACGACUAGAACAUACAACUAGAACAUACAACUAGAACAUACGACUAGAAAAUAUACCAUCUAGUAUACCAUCUAGCCACACCCCUCCCUUCUCAUUCAUGGCCAGGAGAAACUUCCUGUAUUCCAGUUUUCAUGGUUUCCAACAAUUUUGCCAGCAGCCGAGGUGCUUUUGGGACUGUGACAGAAACUAAUUCAACAGACAUUGUUAACAUGAGAUCUGCUGUUGUAUGUGCCUGUGUAAAUGUGUGUUGGUGCUUUAAUAAGAUAGCAGUGAGUUAUUGAAGAAUCAUUUUAUUUCAUUUUCAUAGCAAAAACACUGAUUGUUUUGUGUGUGAUUGCAAUUGUAUAUUUUAAUUCCAAACAGAAUCAGGCUUUCCACUUGUAGGUGGUUCGACUUGGACAAUCCUUUCAUUUAAAUAUGUGCCUUUAUUUUCAAAUCUACUUAGUCCCUUCUUCCACAGCCACGUUUGUGCACAGAUAUGGGUUCCUUGCCACGAUGGCUGUUAAGAGCUUCUGUAUUUACUAAAAAGAAGGGUCACAUUUGUUCAGAAGAAUAAAGACCUGCCCUGCCUGGAUUGUUUGGAUCUGCUUAUUUCAACAAGGUGUCGUUGUGUUCACUCCUAGGUAAAUGCAUGGUCAGAUUUACUGUGUCGGACUUCAACAACGGAAUAGUUUACAAUGUGGAGAAACAUGCAGGAACACUCUCCUUCAUACAGCCUAGCCGCUUGCUAGCCAACUAGCUUACAUUGGCUGUCAUGACUGUUUAGGACUCCUGUUAUGAAUGCUCUAUGCAUGGCCUUAACCUCAGACGGAGGGUUCAUGUGAAUGUUGCCGAACAUACUCUGCUCAGUCUCCUGUGAUCUGCAUGGGUGUUAAGGCUCCAUGUCAUAUUGUAGUGGAUUUUAUAAGGACAAAGGUCAGAUGAUUCCCAUAGCAACCACAGCCAUGAAUGCCUUUAUUAUAAUUAGUUCGCUUCCAUCACAGGAAAUUAAUGAUUAUACCAACAACAGUAGCCAACUAUAAGUUACAUCUCAGUUGGAAUGUCAAAGCAAUAUUACAACCCCCCCCAUAAAGUCAUGUUCCCAUUUCAUUACUGUCUACUUGAAAGUUCUGACAAAAGGUGUAUCGUAAAAAGUCAUUGUUACAG